GCCUCUCGCUUUGCUUUUUGCUGGAGCUGAGCAUCAGUGCCACUGUUUUGACCCAAAUAACCACAAAGAAUAUUAUUUAUCAGAAUGGGAAAGAAGCAUAAGAAGCAUAAACCGGAGUGGAGAACUGUUGAUGAUUAUGAAGACAAGGCCCUUGAGAAGCCGCUCAAACUAGUGCUCAAAGUCGGAGGGAGUGAAGUGACUGAACUCUCUGGAUCUGGCCAUGACUCGAGUUAUUAUGACGACCGAUCUGAUCACGAGCGAGAACGACACAAGGAUAAAAAGAAAAAGAAGAAGAAAAAGUCAGAAAAGGACAAAGACAAGUAUGUGGAUGAUGAAGAAAGAAGACGUCGAAAGGAGGAAAAAAGGAAGAAGAGAGAACGAGAGCAAAAUGAAACAGAGGCUGCUGCUGCCAGUGGUGUCGUGCCAGCUGAACAAUUUGCACCAAAAACGAUAAGUAUUUCAUUAGAGCCAGAGGAGAAGAAAAAGAAAAAAGAAAGAUAUGACAUUGAGCAUGACAUAGAGGAGUUUCAUCCCAAUAUUAAAGUGGAUGUGGAACAGCAAGGGGACCGGCCAGUCAGAGCAUGCAGGACACAACAAGGCAACGAAUCAACUCCAAGGCAACAGCUGCUGGAACACUUUCUACGACAGCUACAAAGGAAAGACCCCCAUGGGUUUUUUGCCUUUCCAGUAACGGAUGCCAUUGCUCCGGGUUAUUCCAUGAUCAUCAAGCAUCCUAUGGAUUUCAGCACCAUGAAAGACAAAAUUCGAAACAAUGAGUACAACACUGUAACAGAGUUCAAGGCUGACUUUAAACUCAUGUGUGACAAUGCUAUGGUGUACAAUCGACCAGAGACUGUUUACUACAAAGCUGCCAAAAAGUUACUUCACACAGGAUUCAAGAUGAUGAGCAAAGAUCGGUUAUUGGUUCUGAAGCGCAGCAUGUCCUUUAUGCAAGACAUGGACUUCAGCCAACAGGCAGCCAUUCUAGGGGAUGAGGACCUCACCGAAGAUUUACCUCCUCCAGAGAUCAUGCCUAUAGCAGUGGACUCAGCAAAGAAGUCAAGGAAGCAACCAGCUAAAGAAGUGAUUAGUUACUUGUUUGAGCCAGAGGGAAAUGCCUGCAGUCUGACUGAUAGCACAGCAGAAGAGCACGUUCUGGCUCUGGUAGAACAUGCAGCAGAUGAAGCCCGAGAUCGUAUCAACAGAUACAUGCCCAACUCUAAGAUUGGUUAUUUACAAAAAGAUACAGAAGGAUCUCUACUCUACACUGUUGUUAAUCAAGCUGAUCCAGAUGCCACAGAAGAUGAGGUCCACAAAAUAGACCUUAGUUCACUGUCUCACAAGCUUCUCCCAGGUUUAACGACACUGGGAUUCAAAGAUGAUAGAAGGCAUAAAGUUACAUUUUUGAGCAGUGCCUACAAUGUCCAGAGUCUGCAGAAGAACUCUGUAUUUCCAGACUUGUCUCCUGAUGAGGUGGAUAUGCUCUACUCUGCCUACGGUGAUGAUACUGGGGUACAAUGCGCACUAAGUAUACAGGAGUUUGUUAAGGGUUGUGGCAGUGUCACAAAGCGUUUAGUGGAUGGACUUCUUGACAAAAUGACGGCAGGAGAUCACACAAAGGCUGUGAAUCAGAUCAGACUGAAAAGGAAUAUGACACUUAAACCUGAUGAAACAAAAGGCAGCAUUUGUGAUAUUCAGAUGUCAGAUGGCACAGGUUUGGGAGACAGCAGUUCGGUGCUUGAUUUUAUGUCAAUGAAGAACUAUCCUGACAUGUCACUGGACAUUUCUAUGUUAAAUUCACUGGGUAAGACGUUAAAGAAGGAACCAAGUAAUGAGGACAGCCAGCAGCACUUUGAUGAUGCUGACAAACUCCUGCAGGAGUUUCAGGAAGCUCAGGUGGACCGAGUGGGAUCCAGACCCUCUUCAAACCUGUCCUCUCUCUCCAAUGUGUCAGAACGAGACCAGCACCAUGUUGGGAGUCCCUCACACCUGGGCGUUGGUGAUCAGUCUGAGUUGGUUCAUGACCCUUAUGAGUUCCUGCAGUCUCCAGAGCCUGAGGGUUCAGGCAGCUGACCAUACAGAAUUGUGGUGUUACCUCCAUGUUAACGGCAUUACACCUCUGAUUAUGGACUGUUAAACUAUAUGACCAAUUAACUAAACAUGUUUAGUAGUGAAUUUGUAUGUAAAACAAGACUUUGAAUAAAAAACUUUUUACAU